AUGCAUAUCCACUGUGAACUGGUAAUUCUCUUAUUGGCAAUGACCGUUCACACCGAAGCGAUAUAUGGAGGUCGUGAGGCUGUGCCACAUAGCAGACCGUACAUGGUGCUAUUGGAGAGGAUGAUGCCAAAUGGUAAAACUAAGUACUGUAGUGGUUUCCUUCUGAAUGAGGAUUUUGUGAUGACUGCAGCCUAUUGUGAAGCCAGGUCCUACAAUGUCAUGCUAGGACUUCAUAAUGUUGGAAUCCAAAAUAAAUCAGUCACACAGAUUAUAUCUACAAAGCAAUCAUUUCUACAAAAAAGAUACAAAGAUGAGAAUUCUGACAAUCAAAUGAUGCUACUGAAGUUAAGCUCCAAGGCAAAAUUCAACAACUAUGUGAAACCAAUCGCUCUGGCAGACCUGGAUGAUCCUGCUCCUAAAUCAUGUAUCGUCUCUGGCUGGGGACGUCAUAACACGACUGGAUACAUGUCUUUGACACUCAGGGAAGUCAAUGUAACGCUGAUACAAAAGAGCGUGUGUGCAGAAUUUUACUGUUCUGCUGAUGAAGGAGGACCUGUUGAGGGAGAUGGAGGUAGUCCACUGGUCUGUGAAAAUGGAAAGGCCUAUGGAGUGGCAGCUUUCCAAUUCUAUAUUGAUGGCUCAAGAUUCAGUAGUUAUUCUCGUAUUCCCGACAUCAGUGGUUCCACAUCCUCAGUAGAAAACGUGUUUUGCUCAUUGUAA